AUGCAUCAAGCCCCACGGUGCUAUAGAUUCUCAACAGGUCAUAAGUCAUUUUCCUUCCUCAGUCAGCUCAUCUGGAUACAAAAGAAGCAACUUGCUGCUGCCCAGAUUCAUAUUGCUAUGCAUAUGCGUAAAACCAUAUCAGUUUCGCUACAAAAAAUUGAAAGUAUUUCAAAACGGUUCAGAUCCAGAGGACCACAUAACAGAAUUCACGAGAGAAUUGAGAAGAGAGGCGGGCGGGUUUUUCUCUUCCUUCAACCAUCAUUUUCUUCACAAUCUUCCUUGAAUCUUCACCUCAUUCUUGAACAUCCAGAACCAUCCUUCAAGUUCACCCUUUUCUUUUCUGAAAUUCCCUCUUCUUCAACCGUGAAUCCUCUCUUUCCCUCUGAGCACUCUAUUACCAUAAUCGUUCUUCACCGCAACCUUUACCUUCGUUGCUGCCACAACCUUCAUCAGCUUCGAUCUUCAAUUCCUGCACUCCUCCAUCAUCAAUCAUCUUCUACAAUACCAGGCAUCUUCAUCAUCACCUUUGAGUGUAUCUUCCUCAUUCUUCAUCACUGUAGAUCAAAUUCACGCACACAUCGCAAAAUGACAACACAUGCUCGACAAUACAAGAAGAACGCAGAAGAAGAGAGGAAGAGGGAUCAAGAACGAGUGCAUACCUGGCUCAUUUUGGGAUUUCUGAUUCUCUAUCGUGUUCGAAGCGCCGACAUAGCGUCCUCGAUAGGUAAAUCAUUCUUUCUCAGUUUUCAAUCCUUGCUUCUUUGUUCUUGCUGGAUUUGUUGA